CCGCGCCACCGGUUUUCUGUGUCCACCCUAUACCUGGUGUCUGGUAAAAUGAGUCAUUUGGAUUCCAGAAGCAUUCUUCUCUUUUACACAAAGACUUUCAAUAGCGAUCGUUCCACUUCAUCAAGGACGGACGGUCCAGAUCUACCGUGACCUAUCAGCAUUAAGAUUCUAGUUGGUGCGUGCGCAUCGUGCAACAAAACCACUUCGCCUUAUAACUAAGCGUUCUCUUUGUUUUCUCACUCUUUCUACUCUCUUUCUCUCUUUCUGCUUCGUCGCUCACUCCGAAGCCCAAAAACAAAAAAUCUGGAAAGAAAGAUAUAUAACGGUGAAAUUGCGAAGAAUCCAUAGAAGAGAGCAAUGGCGUCCAGCGAUUCUGAUUCGCAGAUGAAGAUUGUCCUAGGGGAGUGUGGUUACAUACUCGAAGAUGUUCCUCACUUCUCCGACUAUAUUCCAAACCUUCCUACAUAUCCAAAUCCGCUGCGAUCAAAUCCAGCUUACUCGGUUGUUAAGCAGUAUUUUGUGCACAUGGACGACACCGUUCCUCAGAAGGUUGUUGUUCACAAGGAUGGUCCAAGAGGUGUACAUUUUAGACGUGCAGGACCACGACAAAAGGUAUAUUUUAACUCGGAUCAAGUGCAUGCUUGCAUCGUUACGUGUGGUGGUCUCUGCCCUGGCCUCAACACUGUCAUAAGGGAAAUUGUCUGUGGUCUUUCUUACAUGUACGGUGUCAACAGAGUCCUUGGCAUAGAUGGUGGUUAUAGAGGUUUUUAUUCCAAGAACACUAUUACUUUAACACCUAAGGUGGUCAAUGACAUCCAUAAGCGUGGGGGUACGAUUCUUGGGACAUCACGCGGAGGUCAUGAUACUGGAAAGAUAGUUGACAGCAUCCAGGAUCGAGGAAUUAAUCAGGUUUAUAUUAUUGGAGGAGAUGGAACGCAGAGAGGAGCGGCUGUGAUUUAUGAGGAAAUUAGACGGCGAGGUUUGAAAGUAGCAAUUGCUGGAAUUCCUAAAACCAUCGAUAAUGACAUCCCGGUUAUUGACAAGUCCUUUGGUUUUGAUACUGCGGUUGAGGAGGCUCAACGCGCCAUUAAUGCAGCACACGUUGAAUCUGAAAGUAUUGAGAAUGGCAUUGGUGUUGUAAAGCUAAUGGGACGUUAUAGUGGUUUUAUUGCAAUGUAUGCUACUCUUGCUAACAGAGAUGUGGACUGUUGCUUGAUUCCAGAGUCACCCUUCUACCUUGAAGGAAAGGGUGGACUUUUUGAAUUUAUUGAGAAAAGGCUGAAAGAAAAUGGACAUAUGGUUAUAGUCAUAGCUGAGGGAGCAGGACAAGAUCUUUUUACAGAAAGCAUGCAAGCCAUUGACCAGAAGGAUGCUUCCGGAAACAAGCUACUUCAAGACGUUGGUUUAUGGAUAUCUCAUAAGAUCAAGGAUCAUUUUGCAAGGAAAAAUAAGAUGCCUAUCAAUCUUAAAUAUAUAGAUCCAACUUACAUGAUCCGGGCAAUUCCAAGCAAUGCAUCAGACAAUGUCUACUGCACACUUCUUGCUCAGAGUGCAGUUCAUGGUGCAAUGGCAGGGUAUACUGGAUUCACAAUUGGUCUGGUCAAUGGCAGACAUACUUAUAUUCCGUUCAACAGAAUCAUUGAGAGGCAGAACAAGGUUGUAAUUACUGACAGGAUGUGGGCAAGACUCCUUUCUUCAACCAACCAGCCUAGCUUUUUGAACCCCAAAGAUGCUGAUGAAGCCAAGAAAGCAGAACAACCUCCGACUCAGUUGUUAGAAGCGGAAAAUUGCAAUGGUGAUGAUGAAACCGAGAAAGCAGAACAACCUCCCACUCAGUGGUUAGAAGAGGAAAAUUGCAAUGAUGUUGAUGAAGCCGAGAAAGCAGGACAACCUCCCACUCAGUUGUUAGAAGGGGACAAUUUCAAAGAUGAACAAGAAUCAGGAAACCAUGCUGACAAUGGUAUAAAGACAGAAAAUUAGAUACAGGAUUGUUGAUCUGAACUGUAUUUGGUGUUAUGCUUUAGACCGAAGUAGUUCUAUUUGUCCUUUUCCAUGUAUAUUGCAAGUUGGUACGUCUUUUUGUCAAGACUACCCUGUAACAUGACCAUAGUAUUCACAGGAUUAUGUUGAAUCUUUAGCCUCAGGUCAAGAAUGAAACGGAAUAAUGUUCUGAAAACGAGUUGUGUCAAAGGGCUAGUUUUUUUCCGUUUUAUGUUUUUGGUAAUGUGAUAGCUAGUGACUUGAGUUUCUAUCUAUACUCAGUUUU